UAUCUCAUUGCAUUUCUAAAUAUGUAUAAUAUACACAUGUAUGAUCUAGCUUGAAUUCAAACUAUUCUAAGCUACCUUUAAAAGGUAUGAAGACUUUCCUCAUUCAAAAACUAUUAUAAGGUAUUAAUCAUUACUAAUAUGAGCAUGAUCGUGUGAAUAAUUAAACUAACUUACUUUUUUUAAACAUGUUUUCAAACUUUUAAAUCAAUAUAUUUGAUGACAAGUAAUGUCAGUAGUCAUCACUAAUGAUGUAAUAUGUCAUAUAAAGUGUGUUGUCAUUAAUGUUGGUGAUAACAUUUAUCAUGGUAAUAAUGAUGUUAUGAGAAUGAUAAUAUUAGAAAAAAUUUUAAUAGGGUGAAUGUCCUUGUUUUUGAACAUUUGACUGAGAACCUAAAACUGUGACAUUAAUGCAAGUUUUUGAUAAUGAAUUUGCCUGUCUUUUUUUUUAAUGAUUUUUUUUAAAGAUUUUUUACAAAUAUUUAACCCUUUGGGCACAAUGCCCAAAGUGUUAUAAACUGAAGGUUAAAACAUAGCUGAAACACAAAUUCAAGUUUUCAAAGAAAUCAGAAAAUCUUUUUUUUUUCUUUUUGUUUUUUUUUUUACUUUGCACAGUCUGUAUUUCAGAUAUACAUCCAAUUAAAUCCCCUCAUCAACAUAAUUCCAGUCUAUCAGAAAACCAUUUUUACAUGGGUUUCAGUAUUUUUUUAUUUAUUUAAUAUUUUUACCAUCUUCUAUAUCUACACUUUUUUUCAUCUUCAACUUGGGUGUUUUUGCUUCUCUUUAUAGGGCAUUCCAUUCUGUUAGAAUCUUGCAGCUUGAAUUAAUUAAGCCAACUGAAUUACAUAUGCAUUAUAUUUGCAAAAUCAUGUUUUCUUACAUUUGGAAUCACUUACAAGAAGCAGUCACGGCUUUCUGUAAAUGACAAGACUAUAUAUGUAUAUGUGUGUGUCUAUAUAUAUGUACUGUAUAUAUAAAUAUAUAUACAGUAUAUAUAUAUAUAUAUAUAUAUAUAUAUAUAUAUAUACGCACACAUAGACACCUAUAUAUGCAUGUAUGUGUGUGCGCAAAUUUUUUUUUGUUAGUUUUCAAGUUUAAUUUGUCUUGUUUUGCUGAAAUUAAAUCAUAUUUAAGUGUAAUUUAUUUUCUUUUGCAACUUCUAAAACCAGAAAAUCCAAAAUACCAAUAUAUCAUCGUUGAAACAAAAAAAGAGUAUGGCAAAUUGCCUCAGGAGCAUUGAGGGGGUUUUACUAUGAGCAGCAAACCUUUGUAUGAAUGGAAUUGUUUGAAAGACAGAUGGGAGUAAAUAAUGUUACGAUGUGGAAUAAGGAAUGAGAUGAGAUCACAGCACCAGCCUGUCCAUCCUUUGUAAACCUGGACAAUGAUAAUGGGUGCGGAAUCCUGCAACCUAUUUAUGAGCUGCUCAGAAGGGUUUUAUCUGUUGGACUGACCACUAUACUAAGUGAAUAUGAACAAGAUACAGAGGUACAGUGAUGGCACAUUACAGACCUUCAGCACUUCUAAUGUUUGCUGCUCACCCAGAACAGGAAUACAGAGAACUCAAAGGGCUAUGACAAACAAUGUUUUAGCAGCCUCAGAUUUCCAUUCACAUUGGCCGAAGAGGUUUGAUUCCCAUCAGGCUGAUGUUGUGCAAGUUAUUUACAGAGGUGAUGAUGUGUGGAGACAGCAGCCCCAAGAUCAUUUCCCUCUGCAGUGCUCUGCCAAGUAUAUUGCCAUUUCUGACAAGAAGACAAAGAAAUGCAAGAAGAACAAGCAAAGCAAAAAGCCAAAAAAUAAAUCCCUACCCUCAACAUCAGUCCAGAGCAAAGCCCAACAGAUUGCCCCCACUAUGUCACCAUCACAUGUCACUUCGGUCAAAGUGGGGUGCAACAAGCAAAAGUUCCAGAACACAGAAGAAGAACUCACUUUUGGAACCGAAGCUUCAUUGCCUCUGACUGGAAUCAAAAUCUCAAAGAGAGCUCCAAGUUUAUGGCAAAAACUUGGAAUGAGGCUAAAGAAGACUGUAGAGUAUAUUGGGGCUUCAAACUGUGCCUUUGAAGAGGACUGAAGAAGAGCAAACACCAAAAGAACAGCAGAGCUUUUUUAUCAUUUGAUACCCACUGUUUCUAAGCCAAAAAAGGAAUGUGUCUAGCUUUAUUUUCUCUAGAAAUGCACUCGUGUCACAGUCAGGAACUGUGACAGAAUAUUCUUUGGGAACUGGAUGAGAUAACUUUACUUUUGUUAACUUGCAAGGCUGACAAAUGCUGCAUCUUUAGUUAGUUAGAAAUAAACAGCACAUAAAGAUGAGGGAUUUCACAUAAGCACUGGAUGCUGCAAGAUGAUGGCUGUCAUAUCCAUAUUAAUAGGGUUUCUCAAAAAAAUCUCUUUUUACCAAAUACGUAAUAUAUAAAAAGGAUAUUAAUCCGCUAAAUUAAAAAUAUGAAAACAAGAAAAUGCUGUAAUAUUAGAGCAUUUAAUUAUUGCACUAUAUCUUGCAUAUAACUAAGUUUUUAACUCCUGCAAAAAGGUUAAACACAUAGUUGAAGUCAGCUCCAAAUCAGCAAUGGAUUUGUGGGACCUAGCUGGACAGUGCUAGGUGUGCCAAUGAAAAUAGUUAUAUGUGUGUAGCUACCAAUCACCAGCUAGCUCCCAGUAGUGAAUUGCUGAUCCUGAGCCUACCUAGGUAUGUUUUUUAACAAAGGAUAUAAAGAGUAAUGUAAAUUUGAUAAUAGAUGUACACUGAAAGUCUCUUAAAUUUGUAUAUGCUUUCUAAACCAUAAAAGUUUAAUUUUUUACUUUUAUAUCCCUGUAUCAUAUAUAGAAUUAACAGUUUUCAAUACAUUAUGCAACUGACAUAGCACCAUUCCUUGUUAGUUGAAGGAAAAUUGGUCUUUUAAGAAAAAGUGCACAAUGACACAUCUGGAUGUCAUAUGAUCUCCAUUACCAUUCUCCUAAAUAUGGUGCAAAUCUUUUGUUUGACAGCAUUACCUAAUUAAAAAAAAAAAACCACACACCCUUAAUGAGAUUAACCACAGCGACAAUAAUUUAUAUGACACUUCAACGUGUAAAGCAUUAAAUUACAGGAUAAAAUGUUACACAGUAAUGAAUCCCACUAUCCGUUUUAGAGCCAAGUUGCAAGCAAUAUUAUAAUUUCCACUAAUGCAUUACUGGGUAUAAUGCCGUUAAUUCAGUAAUGAAAGAUUUUAUUUCACUUAAUGUCUGCCUGAUGUAAAGUGAUAAACCUAUCACAGGUGGACUCACAUGAGGACAACAGGUUGUGCCCCUCCCUUGACAUACGGUGCUACAUUUUUGAUCUGUUAUUUCAUAUAAAGCUUUCUAAAUUAGCCUAUAUUUGCAUUAAUCCCAUUCCCAAAGACACUUAACAAAGUCAGAGAAGUAAUUAGCUUUCCUUGCUUGCAUCUCUAGGUACUGUAGGUGAUUAAAGUUGUUAUAGGGCAUAGAGGUGCAGCAAUGGAUAUUUUAAUUGUUCCAUGUAUUUAUUUAGUAUAUUGUACCAAUUUUAUUUAUUUUAAAUAAUGUUUAUUAUUUUUUAUUUAAUUUGUCUAUUUCUUAACUGCUUUUUCCUUAGUAUUAUUUUAAAUUACAUUCUCAAAUACAUUUCUUUCAUUUUUCAUGUUCUAAUGCACUUUUAUUUACCUUCAAAUUCAUAAUUUUUUUAACUUAAAUGUAAUUUAAUGUAACAUGAUUAUUUAAGGCUGUUCUCUGAUUAUGUAUUUAUUUAUUAAUUUAUUGAAAUGUAUUUAACUUAUUCUUGUUUUCCUUUUCUAUAUAUUAAAUGUAUGAUUUAUAUCAUUUUAUAAAAA